GAGGCUGGCGCCGUUGUUUCGGGGGUGCGCGGGCGCGGCUGAGUUUCUUUGGAGAAGAAAAAUCUUAAGAUGGCAGACAAAGGAAGUAACACAGACUGCAUGUCAUGCAGUGUACUGAACUGGGAGCAGGUCAGCCGUCUGCACGAGGUUCUUACAGAGGUGGUUCCGAUCCAUGGACGAGGUAACUUCCCCACACUGAAGAUAACUCUGAAGGACAUUGUUCAGACUGUUCGGAAUAGGCUGAGUGAAGCGGGCAUUGUGGUACAUGAUGUCCGUCUGAAUGGCUCUGCAGCUGGUCAUGUCCUGGUCAAGGACAAUGGGCUGGGAUGCAAAGACCUGGAUCUCAUUUUUCAAGUUUCUCUUCCAAGCGAGGCAGAGUUUCAGUUAGUUCGAGAUGUGGUGUUGCGAUCCCUCUUGAAUUUCUUGCCAGAAGGAGUAAGCAAGCUAAAAAUCAGUCCAGUAACACUGAAAGAAGCCUACAUCCAGAAACUAGUAAAAGUGUACACGGAGUCUGACCGCUGGAGCUUGAUAUCACUUUCCAACAAACAUGGCAGGAAUGUGGAGCUGAAGUUUGUAGACUGUAUAAGGCGACAGUUUGAGUUCAGUGUGGACUCUUUCCAAAUCAUACUGGACUCCCUGCUCUUUUAUUAUGACUACUCAGAAACCCCCAUGUCGGAGCACUUCCAUCCAACUGUGAUUGGGGAGAGCAUGUAUGGAGACUUUGAAGCAGCUUUUGAUCACCUCCAGAACAAGCUGAUAGCUACCAAAAAUCCUGAAGAGAUCCGAGGUGGUGGGCUUCUGAAGUACAGUAACCUCCUAGUACGGGACUUCAGGCCCAUGGAUAAGGAUGAGAUCAAAACAUUAGAGCGCUACAUGUGCUCCCGAUUCUUCAUAGACUUCCCAGACAUCCUGGAUCAGCAGCGCAAACUAGAGACCUACCUCCAGAACCACUUCUCCAAAGAAGAAAGGAGCAAAUAUGACUACCUCAUGAUUCUGCGCAGGGUGGUGAAUGAGAGCACAGUCUGUCUAAUGGGACAUGAGCGAAGGCAGACUCUCAACUUAAUUUCUCUGCUAGCUCUCAAAGUUCUGGCAGAACAAAACAUCAUCCCUAAUGCCACUAAUGUUACCUGUUAUUACCAGCCAGCACCUUAUGUUAGUGAUGUAAACUUCAGCAACUACUAUCUUGCAAAUGCUCCUCUGCCAUACAGCCAGUCCUACCCCACUUGGUUGCCUUGCAAUUGAUUGUUUCUCUUGAAUGGAGGCUACUGAAGGCCAAGAUGCUGAGUGUAUAUAGACAAGAAAUUAACUGUCAGUUGGAGGUUUUCUAAUGGAAGCAUGACUGCAUUGGACUGUCCAUUUCCUGGUGUGCAGUAGGACUAUGCAACCAGGUGACCUGCUAUGAACCUUUCAGUAUAUCUCUACAAAUGCCAAGAAGCCUUAUUAUCUCUUCAUUAGGAGAAGAGAAACAGCAGACAAAUGUUAAGAGGAGUAGUUACAAAACUCUGUACUAGUUCUGGAAGUGGCUAUUAACAUGAUCUAAGUGGAGUAUUCAGUAAACUGGGUUAGUAAAUAGAGGAAAGACUGUAAAAUAUCUUAGGUGGAGCAGAAGCCACUCUUGGAAUAGCAGCAAGACUCUGCUUUCUAUUGCCUAACCUCAUUACUCUAUACUUCCUCAGUUCAAGUUCUGGCCAACUUUCUAUUGAACCAAUUGUGCAAGCGUGGGCUCGUGUCAUGCUUGGGCUGCUUUUACUUUCUGCCUGUAUAGAACUGGUAACAGUACAGAUACUGCCUACCUUUUAGAGGGCCUAAAUGUUGUUCCCUGUAGUACCUAGAAAUAUAUGCUCCGGCUUCAAGUUUAAGAUUAAUUUCUUGCAAGUUGAAGAUGGAUUAUUAAGUCUGUCUCUAAGGCAUAAGCUGUCUAAGUUUUUCCUUGAAUACAAAAAUUUGGAAGGUGGCAUCUCUAAACAUGCACCAAAACACAAUCUAAAACUUGCUAAUGUGAAAAGUCCUUGAAAUGAGAAACUGAAGUCUUAAAUAGAAUUGGAACGACAGUUUGAAUAGUUAGGGUGGAAAAAUACUGUUAAGUCCAGGCUCAAAAUAAAGCCUUUCCGACUGCAUCUUUCAAAACAAUUUUUGGCACAGUUGGAAAGUAGCACAGCUCUUACACUGAGGUCUGGCCCAACUUUCUUCCUCACAGGUCCACAGUAAGCAAAAAAAACCAAAACCCCUCCAACAAAAAUCCAACCCCAAAAACCUGAACCACUGUAAGUUGCAGGAUGAUGUGCACUCUUGCCACAGUAUAAAUUCCUAAAGUGCCUCCUAAAAUUAAUUUCUUCUUGUACAACUUCAGGCAGGUCCUGAAGGCCUGUGUCUAUCACCACUUAAGGGUUGAGCUUACUGGUUUAUCACUGUCACCUGGUCACUGCAUGAGAUGGUAUUUUGAGUGGUUAGAGUCAAAUUUUUCCUUUUUACUUGUCUUAACCUACACUUGAAGAAGUAUAUAAACCCUAAGCAGAGCUCUUCGCAGAGGUUGUAUGUGGUGAAAGUCUGCCCCUGUCUUCAGAAUAGCCUCUGGAAGAGUAAGAACUCCCUUGGAGGUGUGGGGGGCUGACCUUCCUGAAGGGUAUGCGCUGAACUUGCUGCUUUGAAAUUCCUGUGCUUUAUAAGGAAGGUUAAAAAUUCACUAGUUAUGUAUAUAGCGGUGUUAGAAACUGGUGUAUUAACUGGAUGAUUAUCACUGAAUUGCAUUAGUAAAAUACAUAUAGCAAAUGAUCUUGAGUUUCCUUUGCUUAACCAGAGAAGUAGACUAGAAAGGCAAAUCUUAGAGCUAUUUAAUAUGUACUGGUGCACUGUUUAAGAAUACUUGUUUGCUAAACCUUUUUUAAUGACUUCUAGCUGUCUCUGCAAGCUUGUGAGACCAAAGUACCUGAUCAAACAAAUGACUUAAGUUUAGAAGGUAAAACAGAAAGCAGGUGAAACACCCAUGCAUGGUUGCUGUUUGAGGUGGAAACAAUAGCAGUGUAGCACUUAAAUGGCAGUAAAAAAACCUGCCUGUUCCUUGUAGGACCAAAACCUUCUAGUUACGUUGCAAGUUCUCUCACUUCUCAUAACUGCUUCAUAAAGACUGCCUCAAUAGAGCAGCGAGGCUGCCCUUUUGUUCAGAAUUCUUCAUUUAGCUUGGGAAGGUGGGGAGGGAUACAAUCCAGAAAGCAGACUGUAGCCAAGCAUGCUUUAGCUUAACUUUUUGAAUAGUUUUGUAAGCAACUUCAGUAGCAAAUGGACAAAUAAUUUGGUGUCUUCUGUUGUGUGUUUUUUUUUUUUUAUUGAAGGCUUCCUGAGUAGUCAGCCAAAGUAGCUAAACUUGAAAGUGAACCCAGCCUUUUUCAUUAACUGUGGCUUGGACUUGCUGUAGAUUACAGACAAGGCAUCUCUCACCCAAGACUGACUAUUUGGAAGGCUUUUUAAAAACUAAUAUGAUGCCAGUGUUAUCAUGUGUGUUAAACUUAGUGCAAGCUUGCUGCUGGAAUGCAGACCUAGGCAUAACUAACUUCUGCAUGCAAGGCAAUACUUGGCUUAGUAUACAGUGUUACUAGAAAGAAGGAAGUGUUUUGCUUAGGCAUUUGUAAUUGCUAUCGUCUGUUAAAUAGAUGUUUUUAGACCCAACCUAAGCUAUACCCAUUGCAGAAGUAAACUGUUGCCUAGAGGGACAUGCUUGAUUUGCAUAUCAAAUAGCUUAGACUCAUGUAUCUGUCUUGUGUAGUCUCAUGGCUUAUCUUUAAAAACUGUUCCUGUGCACCAGCUCAUGUGGAAGAAGUAAUCAGAUGCCAAGGAGGAGUCCUCACAAGCUUCAGACAGACUUAUAUUUUACUAGUCUUUGAAUGCCUUGGCUGCUGAAUAUCAGGCCAGGUGCAUCUAAUGGAAAAGGAAGUGAUAGAAAAAAGGGUCUAACAGAUUCCUACUGAGAUGGAGCUAUGGAGAAUUUAAGUUUCCUGCCAUAAAUAUUUUGCUUUUGGUAAGGUAGCUUGUUGCUGAGUCCUCUAAGGAAACUUUAUGUUGAAUGGCUGCUCCAUGAACCGCUGGCUUCCUGGGUUUAAGCUUUGCAGGACUGCUGUGUUUCCUAUCCCUCAGGUUUAUGGUGGCCCUUGUAGCGCUUAUUCUCAUGUUACUCCUUGCUAAGUAAAAGUUAAUAGUGAUGACCCUAGGCCAAGUCUAAACUGCCUGCUUGAUUGAUUCAGUCUCCCUUCAGUACUUAAUGAUGCCUCUGCAAACCUGCUCUAUCCUCUUGCUCACUUGUGUGUCAAGCGGAGGUUAGAGAAAGACUGCUUCACACUAUUACCGUAACACAUUCCCGCUGGGCAGUGGCAUCAAAACAAAGCUGCAGUAACACGAGACUGCACGUCUUGUAUCAGUGCAUCAUUCCUCAGGACUAGGCUUCUAGUAAACUAGAUUGUGCAGUUUAAAACAGCUGUUUUCUUCCUGUAGCUCAUAAGCUCUGCUGGGCUAAGCCAGUCUGAGGCUAAGCAUCUGUUUUCAAUAUUUAUUGCCAAGUCCCCCUUGACUUACUGUUUAUUGGUGUGACUUCCUCAUUGUAAGAUAGGUUAUUUUUUUAAUUUAAUAAAGAUGCUGCCAAAGAGACCUAGUAAUAUACUGGAUUUUAGUCACUUUGGUAAAAUCCCUAUGCUGAUCCAUGGUCACUGAAAAGUUGUAAGGUAAAGCAUACUUCAUACUCCCUCAGCUCAAGAUUUAAUUCUUGCUGUGUUUGUCCUCAGCUAGUUCAGUCAAUAGCUAAGCUGGAGGUUGAAGACUACUGCUUGCUUUUGAGUAACCAUUUUUCAAAAGGUUCUCACACUUUAUUUUAACAUUAAUAUCUUGUCUACAAAGCAGUAGGUAGUAUUUAAAUCUGGUCCAAAUACCUAAAACUUUUUAUUGAAAUUCAAAGACCCAUAUUUUGGGACUGAGUUAUAGGGUUCAGCAUUUGGUAUGUUUUGUGCCUAGGCUUUGUGGGUUUCUGAUCACUAGAAUAACUACUGAUGUUGGUAGUGAUCUUGGCUUGUCACUAUAUGAGUGCUUGGGGAAAAAGCAUCUUAGACAACUUGGACAGAUUGCUUCAGUUAAGCUGUCAGUGUACUGAUGAUACUUGUUUACUGUCCCCCUCACUCAACUCAUUCAGUCAGGGUGCCAUAAUUGUUAGGCACAGGAAUAAACAAUAAAUUGACCGCAGUCACUGGCAAUUUGGUCUAAUUUGGGCAUUGGGAGAGCCAAAUGGAUAGUAAUACUUCUAGCCUUUGCAUAUAAGUCUUACUCGACCAUUUGUUAAAUAUGGUGAAGUAUAUUUCAUGUAUGUUCUUUAAUUUCAAUGAAACUAGUUAUAAGGUGAGAUGCUGGGCUAUAGUUGUAGAAGCUUUGGGGGGAAUGGCUGGAACACUGGUCUUUCUCACUUGUAUUAGAAGAGAAAGCCACUCACUGAAGUGUCUGGAUUGGGCUUGUCUCUUUCUGAAUAAAAUUGCACUUUCUGUUGAAAUUUAGAAGGCCUUUUUUCUAUUUUUCUCUUAUAUUAUUUUUUUACUAUUAAAAGAAGUCAGCUCUUGAAAAGUCUGUCUCAUACCUCUUUGGAUGAAGUGAGUUUUUUGUUGGUUUUUUGUUUUUUGUUUUUUUUUUUAAGCUGGCAAAACAAGGUACUAGAAAUAUUUGGAUUUGUGAUGAGCCCAAAUGAGGGAUUGGUCACAGUAACUUUGUCUACUGUUCUUCACUGUGGUGUUCACUUGUCAUUCUUGGAAAUUGGGGUUUGGACCUUAAUGAUUCUGAAAUUCUUGUGCAAAUAAACUUAAGCUAAACAUU